AUGUACAGCAAUUUCAAGGAACAAGCGAUUGAGUAUGUUAAGCAAGCGGUUCAAGAGGACAAUGCCGGAAAUUACAGCAAGGCUUUCCCUUUGUACAUGAACGCGCUCGAGUACUUCAAAACCCAUCUCAAGUACGCGAAGAACCCUAAGAUCAGAGAAGCUAUCACCCACAAAUUCACCGAAUACCUCCGCCGCGCCGAGGAGAUCCGCGCUGUUCUAGACGGAGGUGGAUCCGGUCCCGGAUCGAACGGAGACGCAGCGGUCGCCACAAAGCCGAAGUCCAAGCCCAAAGGCGGAGAGGGCGGAGGAGAUGGAGAGGAUCCGGAGCAAUCGAAGCUCCGAGCUGGGUUAGACUCUGCUAUCGUGAGGGAAAAGCCUAAUGUGAAGUGGACGGAUGUUGCUGGCCUUGAAAGUGCCAAGCAGGCGUUGCAGGAAGCUGUCAUUUUGCCCGUCAAGUUCCCACAGUUCUUCACUGGAAAGAGACGGCCGUGGCGAGCUUUUCUCCUCUAUGGGCCUCCUGGAACUGGGAAAUCGUACCUGGCCAAGGCUGUUGCUACUGAAGCAGACUCUACAUUUUUCAGUGUGUCUUCGUCGGACUUGGUGUCGAAGUGGAUGGGUGAAAGUGAGAAGCUAGUAUCGAACCUUUUUGAGAUAGCCCGUGAGAGUGCUCCGUCAAUCAUUUUCGUCGAUGAGAUAGAUUCUUUGUGUGGUCAACGUGGAGAAGGCAACGAGAGCGAAGCUUCAAGACGUAUUAAAACAGAGCUGCUUGUUCAGAUGCAGGUGAAAAGGGUGUUGGACACAAUGAUGAGAAAGUGCUCGUUCUGGCAGCAACAAAUACACCGUAUGCUCUUGAUCAGGCUAUUAGGCGACGUUUUGAUAAGCGUAUCUAUAUCCCUUCUACCGGAUGUGAAGGCUCGGCAGCAUAUGUUCAAAGUGCAUUUGGGAGACACCCCUCAUAAUUUGAACGAAGCUGAUUUUGAAUAUUUAGCUCGCAGGACAGAGGGAUUUUCUGGUUCGGAUGUGGCUGUUUGUGUAAAGGAUGUUCUGUUCGAACCUGUAAGGAAAACCCAAGAUGCCAUGUUCUUUUUCAAGUCUGCUGAUGGGACGUGGAUUCCAUGUGGGCCUAAACAAUCUGGUGCCAUUCAGAUUACAAUGCAGGAGUUAGCAGAAAAAGGGCUCGCUGAUAAGAUAAUUCCACCGCCUAUCGCAAGAACAGAUUUUGAGAAGGUACUAGCAAGACAGAGACCGACUGUGAGCAAGUCUGAUCUUGAGGUCCAUGAGAGAUUCACAAAGGAAUUUGGAGAGGAAGGCUGA